AAAGCCCACAAAGGAACGUCCAGACCAUGAACUGGAUUUGUACGGGAAUCUUACGGAACGGCGACGAACAACGUGAUGGUGCCCAUCGAAAUCUCAUACUCAACCUUGAUGGGGCGUAAGGCGAAGGCGGCGGCGGCGGCGGCGGCGGCGAUUGCCGGUACUGAGUCAGCCUUCGGCCGUCAUCUUUCGAGCCCAGGAUCAUCCACGGUGAGGAAGCGGCUACGCGAUUCCUCGGAAAAUCUUCCUACUCAUUUUUCGAUCCCAGGAUCAUCCACGUUGUGGAAGCGGCUACUCGAUUCCUCGGAAAAUCCUCCUACUCCGGCGGGGUCAAUACGCCACAUAGAUCCCAGCUUGGCCAAGGAAAUCUUGGUGCUGUUUGAGACGCCCUCUGGCUUCGCAAUUUUCUCUUUGAAGUACGACCUCAACCAACCAGACGUGAUGAAGAAAAUCUGGGCAAUCUUUGUCAAGGAUUAUAGGUCACGAAAGCACGUUUGCCUGGAAGAGUUUCAAAAGUUCAAGGACAAGUCCAGUGCGUUUAAUCGUGGUACUGCUGCCAACAAGGAGCUUGCUGAGAUGAUAUUGCGCCAUCACCGCCCUGGUCAGGCAUUGGCUGUUGGAAAACCUGAAUAUAAAAGAUUCAUUGAAACAAGCCUGCAGGAUGUGCCUUGCCUCUUCAAUGAAACUGUGAUGGAGGUGAUGUGGGGCCUGGAGAAUCUCAUGCAUAGUUUAGUUCCCCAAGAAGAAGUGAAGCUGACGAAGGAGGACCGCCUGCCAAUAUGCCAAGGAAUAAAAAUAUUCCUGAAUCAUCAUGGCUUUGAUGUCAAACCAGAGAUGGUUAGUUCACAGGUUAAUGAGAAGGUGCUUGUGACAGCAUGCAUAUUGGUUGAUGCUGAAUUGAUUGAAGAUACAAAUACUAAAACCUUGCGCUGGGCUGCUGGCAAGCUGAAGGAUGUGUCUGGCAUUAACACAAAUGACUGGACCAAUGUGAAGAUAGUAAAGGCUCUGAAGAUCAUCUUUGAACCUAUUUUAACAACUCUAGCUGAAAUCGAGAUGUUCGCUCCAAAAGAGUUAGAAACCUUGUUGAGGGAUGAAGAUAAGUAUGACGACCUGAUUAUUCAGGACACUAUCCUGAACAUCGACCUUGAACUUGCGCAGGCAAGUCAGCUUAAGAAAAAUGCCAUGAGAAACCUGGCAACCUUGCUUAGCUAGCUGAAUAAAGCAUGCGAGGAGAAGCAGAUUCUAUAUAUCUAUAUAUGAAAAAAAAAGUGAUUUGGAAAUCUGAUUCCUGGGUGGCGAGGCUGCCAUGCACAUCCCGGAUCAAAGUGUUGGACAUGUAUGUUUGUGGAUUAGUACUGUAUACUCUGGAAACUCGCUAUAAUUCGACUAGAGUCUUAAUUCUAUUUUGAAUUUUCUCUACUGUUCAAUCUGUUAAAACUCCAGAUCAAAGGAGUAUUACAAAUACGAUGUGUCUGGCUGUUUUUGAUCUACCUAGAACUAGGUUUAGGUGAUCUUGUGAGAGCUACUACGGCAAAAGAUUGGAGGAGGGUAGUGGGCGGAAAAAUCAGCAUAGGUGGGCUCAAUUAAAAUUGGAGGGGUGUAGUGAGCGAAAAAAAUCUGCUGAGAUGGGCUCAAUACUAUUAUUAUUUCAGUGCGGCUGCCUCCCUCUUUGCCCUCUCAAUUGCAGAUGGGUGAAGGUAUUGGACAUGAUUCCCCGAUCGUCCACGCACAUCACCUGAAUGGGACGAACCUCAGAAUUUGAAACCCUCGAUGUCCACGGUGCCGAGCGACAUCUGAAUACCCUAACCAUAAAAGGUUAGUCCAGAUCCCCCAAUUGCAAUCUCCCUCCAUUGUAUUCCUCCUUUAGCGCUAGAAUACACUCCAGAUUGCACGUUGACUAUUUUCAAUUUCUCCUGUUUGUAUGUUUCAUGAACCUCUUUACUUCGUUUUAUAUAAAAACUAAUGUUCAGUUCAGUUGUAGAUAAGUGUAUGCUCUUUUUAAUAGAACCAACAGGAAGGUUAAUUUGUGAAAUUGAUGUUCAAGGUAGGUUCAGUUACAGCAAAUAAGCAAGGUGUGUCUCCUCCUAUUUUAUCAGUUCAUACAGUAUUUUCGGUAUCUAUAUCGCAUUCCCAUGGAUUACAAGAUGGAUCACAGAUAGGAAUGCAUUCAUCUUUGGUCAGUUAUAUAUUUUGCCCCAAGACUGUUACAGAUGUGUUUGAGGAUUGGACAAACUCUAUAGCUGCAGUUGAAUGUGUAAAUUGCGGUUCUACAGACUACAGUUAUUCUGUAUAUCUUGAUCUCAUCGACACUAUUUCAAGGUAUCUUCCACGUUCUAACACUUGCAAGCAAGUUGGGAAGUGUAUAUCACUAAAGAAACAAACUUGCCAAGGUAUCAAUUCGGCGACUUAAAUACCUUUAUUUUUACAAGUUCAUAGCAUUAUCACUGUUCUAUUUUUUGCUCUCCUGUGCGUUUCCAAAAAUUUAGUGCUACAGGACAUUACUAUUUGUACCAUGCAUGCCUCCUGAAAUAUUCGUUUGUCAAGGUUGAUGUGGAUCAGGCAUGGCCUCUAGCAAAAAAAUGUACGUAUAUCUACCUUUUCGUAAAAACAUCGGUAGGUAAAAGUACUAAUAUUUCUGUCAUCACAAAUCGGGUCAUCUAAUAUUGGACUAUCAAAACAUGCUCAUUUUGCUUCAUGUGCAGUUCAGCCAGUUGAUAUGACAUCUUUGUAGUUUCCUCAUGGAGUUCGUGGAAGAUCCAAUAAUAUGCAAGAGUUGUUCCAUGAAUUAAUCUGUAUAUUGGGCAUUGAUACAUUGUAGUUGCAGGAGCAUACAGACGAUAGACAUUAUCCUGUGUAAGCUACUCAUAGUAAAUAUAAUUGUAUAGUGAGCCCAGUUGAAAAGAUAAUGCAAAUGAAAAGUUCAAUGACUUGCAAUGUAUAAAAUGUUUUAUGACUUUUCUCUUUGACUACUCUCACAUUUGUAAUGUGAUUGAUGAUCAAUAAAGUUAGAUCAAUUAUACAUA